AGGUGUGGGGGGCAGGGGACGGGAGUGCGCCCUGGCCCAGGUCUGCAGUCUCAGCCUGGACGCUGAGCCAAAUGGCCAUGCAGCACCAGCCGGGGAAGGCCGCGCGGCCUCCAGCGUCAGCCCCUCGCCCGCCUUCCGGGGCCCCGCGGAGCAGCCCCUGCCCCUGGCUCUGCCUCGUAGCCCUGGUCCUGGGCCUCUUGCCUGGAGGUGUGGGCACCACGCCAGUGUCCGUGGCUGAGCCCCAAAGACCCUGCUCUCUGGAGGGAGUAGAGAUCAAAGGCGGCUCCUUCCGGCUUCUCAAGGAGGGCCAGGCACUGGAGUACGUGUGUCCCGCUGGCUUCUACCCGUACCCCGUGCAGGCUCGCACCUGCAGAUCCACGGGGUCCUGGAGCGCCCUGCAGACCAAAGACCAAAAGAUUGUCAAGAAGGCGGAAUGCAGAGCAAUCCGCUGUCCACGACCACAGGACUUUGAGAAUGGGGAGUACUGGCCCCGGGCUGCCUACUACAAUCUGAGUGACGAGAUUUCGUUCCAGUGUUAUGAUGGCUACACUCUCCGGGGCUCUGCCAAUCGCACCUGCCAAGUGACUGGUCGGUGGGAUGGGCAAACAGCCAUCUGUGACAAUGGAGCGGGGUACUGCCCCAACCCAGGCAUCCCCAUCGGCACAAGGAAGGUGGGCAGCCAGUACCGCCUUGAAGACAGCGUCACCUACUACUGCAGCCGGGGACUCACCCUGCGCGGAUCCCAGCGGCGAACCUGCCAGGAAGGUGGCUCUUGGAGUGGAACAGAGCCUUCUUGCCAAGACUCCUUCAUGUACGACACCCCUGCGGAGGUGGCCGAAGCCUUCCUGUCUUCCCUGACGGAGAGGAUAGAGGGCGCGGACGCUGAGGAUGGGCACAGCCCAGGGGAACAACAGAAGAGGAGGAUUGUCCUGGAUCCCUCGGGCUCCAUGAACAUCUACCUGGUGCUGGAUGGAUCCGACAGCAUCGGGGCGCGCAACUUCACCGGCGCCAAGAACUGCCUGAAAGCCUUCAUUGAGAAGGUGGCAAGUUACGGGGUGAAUCCAAAAUACGCUCUAGUGACCUAUGCCACCGACACCAACAUUUUGAUUAGAGUGUCCGAUGCAGAGAGCAGCAAUGCAGCCUGGGUCACAGAGAAGCUCGACAAAAUCAGCUACGAAGAUCACAAACUGAAGACGGGGACGAACACCAAGAAGGCCCUCCUGGCGGUGUACAACAUGAUGAGCUGGGCGGGGGACGCCCCUCCCGAGGGCUGGAACCGCACCCGCCACGUCAUCAUCCUCAUGACUGACGGCCAGCACAACAUGGGCGGAGACCCAGUCCCUGUCAUCCAGGACAUCCGGUCUUUGCUGGACAUUGGUAGAGAUCGCAAAAACCCAAGGGAAGACUACCUGGACGUCUACGUGUUUGGGGUUGGGCCUCUGGUGAACCAAGAGAACAUCAAUGCUUUGGCUUCCAAGAAAGAUAAAGAGCAACAUGUGUUCAAAGUCAAGGACAUGGACAACCUGGAGAAUGUUUUCUACCAAAUGAUUGAUGAAAGCCAGACUCUGGGUCUUUGCGGCAUGGUCUGGGAGCACAAGGAUGCUACCGAUUACCACAAGCAACCAUGGCAGGCCAAGAUCUCAGUCACCCGCCCUCCGAACACACAUGAGAACUGCAUGGGGGCUGUGGUAUCCCCGUACUUCGUGCUGACAGCGGCACACUGCUUCACAGUGGAGGACCAGCUACACUGGAUCAAGGUCAACGUGGGAGGAAAGAAGCAGGACUUGCACAUAGAACAAGUUCUAUUUCACCCCAAGUACAACAUCAAUGGGAAAAAAGCAGAAGGAAUUCCGGAAUUUUAUGACUAUGACGUGGCCCUGAUCAAGCUCAAGGAGAAGCUGCAGUACAGCAAGACGCUCAGGCCCAUCUGUCUCCCUUGCACUCUGGCCACAAAUCAAGCUCUGAGGCUUCCACUGUCAACCAGCUGCCAGAAACAGAUGGAAGAGCUGCUCCCGGCAAAGGACGUCAAAGCUCUGUUUGUGUCCGAGUUGCUCAAGGGCGGGAAGCUGACUCGGAAGGAGGUCCACAUCAAGAAUGGGGAUAAGAAAGCUGCGUGUGAGAGAGAUGCUCAGAAGGCCCCAGGCUAUGGUAAAGUCAAGGACAUCUCUGAGGUGGUCACCCCCAGGUUCCUUUGCACUGGAGGGGUGGAUCCCUAUGCUGACCCCAACACUUGCAAAGGUGAUUCUGGCGGCCCCCUGAUUAUUCACAAGAGGAGUCGCUUCAUUCAAGUUGGUGUGAUCAGCUGGGGAGUCGUGGAUGUCUGCAAAGACAAGAGACUGCAGCACCAGGUGCCUGCUCAUGCCCGAGACUUUCACAUCAACCUCUUCCAAGUGCUGCCCUGGCUCAAGGAGAAACUCCAUGAAGAGGAGCCUUUUCUAUAGGGGUUUCCUGCUGGGAAGGGGCAUGGGAUCCAAUUAAAAGAGCUGUGACAACA